AUGCGGGCAGCAAUCUUCGAUCUCGACGGCACUCUUGUCGACUCACUGGGUGACAUCGCAGCCUCGGCUAACCACGCCUUAUCCUUCCUGGGCACGCAACCACGCACCAUCGAGGAGUACAGAUUUCUGGCUGGCGGCGGCAACACGAAAUUAAUGACCCGCUUGUUGCAGUCUGUUUUAGGAAAGGAGCCCCCGUCGGACCUUGUCGCCCGCUGUGUGCAGAUCAAAAGGAACUAUGAGAACGGGCCGCAAGGCCAUGUGCACACCACGGUUUUCCCCGGCGUCCUGGACAUGCUACACGCGCUGCAACAGGCGGGAGUCCAGCUCGCCAUUUUGUCCAACAAAACUGAGCCCAACGUCCGCGAGGUUGUUGCAGACCACCUGCCGGGUAUUGAGUGGAAGUAUAUAGCGGGGGCAAGGGAUGAUGUGCCCCUUAAACCCGACCCUACCGCUGCGUUAAACAUCAUGCGGCAGCACAUGGACGGGGUGGAGGUGAAAGAUUGUGUCUUUGUAGGGGACACCGAUAUUGACAUGAAGACGGGUAUUGCGGCAGGCAUGACGCCUGUCGGAGUCUCCUGGGGAUUCCGCCCCGUCGAUGAACUCAAACAACACGGCGCUGAGAUCGUUGUAGAAACGGCGCUCCAAAUUUCCGAUUUUGUCCUUAGUAGGACCGCAUGA